AUGGAUAUGGGCACCCGCAAGUACCAGUCAAUAACCAAGAGAAAGGGAAAUGAAUCCCCACCUUUCAGUCAAGGAGGUUUCCAAGACAAUGGGGAAACCAGCAAGCAACAAAGAGAAAUGGCAGUAUUACACCCCAUGAUAGUGGUGGAACCUGUAAUACAGAAUGGGGCAGUUGAGGAAGUUGCAAUGCAUAAUGGGGAAGCUGCAGACAACCCAACAAGUCAACAGAGGAAAGAAGUGGCUAGUACCAGCAGUCAUCCAGAAAAUGAAAGGCAGUCAAUAGAGCAAAGAACAUAA